AUGUAUAAUCAGCUUGAGGUAGUCAGUUCGUUCGACGCGGUUGCGCAGGUAACACUUUCUUAUUCGGAGUCGCCUGAGCGCAAGUCUGCGACCGGUUCGAAUCGUUUACGCGAGGAACACCUUUUCCGUUCGAAAUACGCAACCGGAAGUGACCGGAUAUUACACACCGGUUGUGUAAUAAGUCUUCAGCGUUGCUGUUUUUACCGGCUUACAGCACUUAGGAGGAAUAUCAAGAGAACCGUCUACGGUGAAACCUCAAGAGGUAUGUAUAAAUAUUCUUUAAACAACUAUACAAGCGACUAG